GCUAGGCGCUCGGCGCGGGCAGGUCCCCCUGCUGCCCGGUCCCAUUUGUUGCCGGGUCUGGCUCGGGGCGGCCGCGGCGCGCGGAGCUCCGGGGAGCCAGGCGGGCAAACGCGCAGCCACGACGGAGCAGCCGCGGGACUGGCCGCCCCGCGCCCCCUUCGCCGCGGUGCCCUUCCCCGGCGCGCUCACCCCCUUCUCGGGAUGGGAUUGUAGCGGCGGCGCGGACUCGGCGGGGAUCGCGGCGGAGGCGGCGGCGGCGGCGGCCGAGCGGGGCUCCAUGUUUUCCCCGGGCCAGGAGGAGCCCAGCGCCCCCAAUAAGGAGCCGGUGAAAUACGGGGAGCUGGUGGUACUGGGGUACAAUGGUGCUUUACCUAAUGGUGACAGAGGAAGGAGGAAAAGCAGAUUUGCUCUCUAUAAGCGGCUGAAGGCUAAUGGUGUUAAACCUAGCACAGUCCAUGUGAUAUCCACACCCCAGGCUUCCAAGGCUAUCAGCUGCAAAGGUCAACACAGCAUAUCCUACACUUUGUCGAGAAAUCAGACUGUGGUGGUCGAGUACACACAUGAUAAAGACACAGAUAUGUUUCAGGUGGGCAGAUCAACAGAAAGCCCUAUUGACUUCGUGGUCACAGACACCAUUUCUGGUGGUCAGAACAAUGAUGAAGCCCAGAUCACUCAAAGCACCAUAUCAAGGUUUGCUUGCAGGAUUGUGUGUGACAGAAAUGAACCUUAUACGGCGCGGAUAUUUGCAGCUGGCUUUGACUCUUCCAAAAACAUAUUUCUUGGAGAAAAAGCAGCAAAGUGGAAAAACCCUGAUGGCCACAUGGAUGGGCUCACUACAAAUGGUGUCCUGGUGAUGCAUCCCAGGGGGGGCUUCACUGAGGAGUCUCAGCCUGGGGUCUGGCGUGAGAUCUCUGUCUGUGGAGAUGUGUACACCUUGAGAGAAACCAGGUCAGCCCAGCAAAGGGGAAAGCUGGUAGAAAGUGAGACUAACGUCCUGCAGGAUGGCUCCCUCAUUGACCUGUGUGGAGCCACUCUUCUGUGGAGAACAGCAGACGGUCUUUUCCACACUCCGACUCAGAAACACAUCGAGGCUCUCCGGCAGGAGAUCAAUGCUGCGCGACCCCAGUGUCCUGUGGGGCUCAACACCCUGGUCUUCCCCAGCAUCAACAGGAAAGAAGUGGUAGAGGAGAAGCAGCCCUGGGCAUAUCUCAGCUGCGGCCAUGUUCACGGGUACCACAACUGGGGCCAUCGGAGCGACACAGAGGCCAACGAGAGGGAGUGUCCCAUGUGUAGGACUGUGGGCCCCUACGUACCUCUCUGGCUUGGCUGUGAGGCAGGAUUUUACGUAGAUGCAGGACCACCGACUCAUGCUUUCACCCCCUGUGGACAUGUGUGCUCAGAAAAGUCUGCAAAAUAUUGGUCUCAGAUUCCUCUGCCUCAUGGAACUCACGCAUUUCAUGCUGCCUGCCCUUUCUGUGCCACACAGCUGGUUGGGGAGCAAAACUGCAUUAAAUUGAUUUUCCAAGGUCCAGUUGACUGAUGCCCUUGACAGCCAUCUACUAUUAACAAGUUACUGUGAAGAUUUUGCCACUAACUAGAAUUCUACCUUUUUGUAAUGCUGUUUAUUAGGGAAAGGGUGGACUGAGACUGGGAAAAAAGGGGGGACACAGUGAUGAAACAUGGCAGGAGUUGAACAGAUACCAGUGGUAUCUUGCAUGCUCAAAACAGCAGCAUCGUCAUUGAAGUCUGCUUGAUUAAACCAUAAUAUCUGUGUAAUAAUUGGAUUUCAACUGCCAUGCUUUUAUUUUUAACCUUGGGCUUUUAACCAAGUUUUUUUUUUCCUUUGUAAACUUGGACAAGAUUUUACAAUAUAGAAGAAAUUUAUUUGAAAGUCACUGUAAACGUGCUGUGUGGGAUGGCGUUACCCAAAACAUGUACGGUGUCUGGAGUGCCUGACGCGGCUAGGGUGGCGCUUUGCACAGGACUGGUGAACAGGAGACCUUAGGAACAGGGGCUUGUUUUGAAAUCCGGGGCAUUUUUCUAAUUUAUUUUUCUGACUCUCUUGGAAGGACAAUAUUCAUAUAUUGUGGGAUUUUUUUUUAACUUCAGUGGAAUUCACUUACAUAGUCACUCAUCAAAUACUUGGCAUUUCAAACAAAGAAUUUUUCCAUAAUUUCUUAGUCUGCCUUUUGUUACUUCUGCCUGAUGUGGUUUGUCCCUUACCCUCAUCUUAUAUGGCCAGGACUGUUUGAUUAAAAAACAGCAGCUCUUAAAAGUUCUUUAAUGGAGGGUGACUAUUACAGCAGUAGUCAUGGCCUAGGUACUAUAAUACCAACUUUAUCUGCAUAUUGAAUUAUUUAAGAUUUAAGAGUGAUUAAAAAUACACUGUUACUUUUUAAAACCACUUGUUUGGGUUUUAUAGGGUUUCUUCUUCUUCUUCCUCCUCAAGAAAGCCAAAAUUCUAUGAGCCUAAAAGCAACAAAUCACAAUGAUACAGUCAUUUUUGUUCAGUCGCUUUCCCUUGCUGUGAAAGGAGCCCUUUAAGUUUUGAAAAUGUUUGCAAAUCAAACUAAGUUUAAAUGUGAUCAUUAGAUAUACACAAAACCAAGUGAUACAUCUGCAGAGAUAAUUUGAAAUUUCUGAUUUUUGAGAGCAAAUGAGUGUUUACUGAGGAAUAAUUAAAUCAGAAUUUCAUAUGAGCUCUACCAUCCCUCUCUGUUAGUUUCAUUUCAUUUUGAUUAAUAAUUCUUGGAUGCUCAUUCUCUGUGCUUGGUACCAGAGUAUCACUGCUCCCAGAAUGCAGAGAAUCUGUAGCUAAUAUAGGCCCCUGCUCGUGGAGCAAGCAUUCAUUUAAACUAACAUCCUCAUACAUGGACCAUCAAAGAUUUGAUUUACAUUUUCUAAUCUUUGUAAAUAUAUGUAAUUUAUAUGAUUCUAAUGUACUAUAUUCAUACUUGAAUUGGUUUUUCCAUAUUUUGCCUACCGGCAAAUAGUUUGCCUAUUUCCCGUCAUUCUAACCUAUUUGAAUACUCUUUUCCUUAAAGUGAUAAGAUUUAUUACUCUUAAUUGCUGCUGCUUAAUUUGACUUAAUAUUUUUAAAGUUCAGCCUGUCAGUUUUAAAAUAGCUUUAUUUUUCAACGGAGAUCAUUGUUGAGGAUGAGGUAUUUUUGUUUUGGGUUUUCUUUUGGUAAUUUUUAAGUGAUGUAAAAAUCCUACAGCAGUUUUCUCAUUAGUAGCUUCCUCUAUUCUGUAUAUCUUACUCUACCUGCAGACAGAAAAUGAAAGGAAAAGAUGAAAUUGCCUAGAAUAGUGUAUUAAGUGCCAUCUGAUCUAGCCAGAAUCUCUGAUGACUAGCUUUGUUGAUAGAGUUGUCUUUUCAGCCUAUGAGUCUAUGGGCUCUGAAGAAUGAUAAAGGAGGUUCUUGUCCCUUUUCUUGUUUUAUAGCUAGAGAGUGGUUUGAGGGUUCUUGAUACUCCAGGAUCAUCUUGUAAGGUAAAUGGUAUUGUACCCAGAAAGGCUGAAUUUCACCUACCAAAAGAAACACAACUUUUUUUUCUAGAAAAUUAUGCUUUGAUAUCAUAAUUUUCCACAUCAAGGACUAUUUAUAAAUCUAGUACUUCUGCAUGUGAUAUAUGCCCAAAAGUAAGCUUACCAUCUGAAGUUUCUGACUUUUACUAAACUCAGCUUAAGUGCAAGUUGAAAUUUGGGCAGUAAAUUCCAAGCUCUUGGAACGGGUGAGAGUGCCACCUGCUAUGGCUACACAUCUUUUCCUUUGGCUUCCAAAUGAGGUCCUCUCCCACCCAGUCUAAGGAACCUCAGAGAGGUGGCACAUCUGUAAAAGGAAACCACACUCACCUAAGCUACUCAUAAGAUUCCCUUAUAAUUUUGACUAUUGAGAUUUUUUUUUUGAAGACUUGAAAGCAACUUAGUUUGUGAAAAUAAAAAACUCUAGCUCACCAAAGUAGAGUAAUACAGUUGAGUAAAGGUCAUGUCUCCAAGGUCACUUCUUGCUUUUAUGUCUGGCUUUUAUGCCCUGCUGGCAGCUGGAAGUUUGCUGGGGCCCCAGCAAACUUCCAGCUGCCAGCAAUGCCCCACUCGACCACUUGUACACAUAAGGAAUCCAAUUGUCCCGGUCUCAGCCUAACCGAGAUGCCUUUUUCAAAUAGGUUUCCAGAAGCAAAACUCCAGUGAUGUAUUUCCAUAGAUAUUUUUCUUUUCAGUUGUUUAUGUCAGUUUACUACAAAAAAAAAAAAAAGGAUUCAGAGUGGAUGGGGUACAACUCUGAGUAUUUUUCUAGACUGAAAUUUUUUAUUAAUAAUCGGUGCUGCCGGGUCAUGCAUGCUGCAACUCUCAACAUUUCCCUUAUUUGGUUCAGCUUUUUGCAAAAAGGGCUACAGGUCACACUGCAGAGUAUUAAGCUUUCUGGUGGAUUUUUUUUUACCCCAACUAUGGCCCAAAAGAAUUAAAAAUCUUUUAAUAUAAAUAGAGAACAUAUUUAUCAUUCCUCAAUAGUUAAUUAGAGUUUGGUACCUUUGUGCCUCAGGGAAGCCACGUGAUAUAACUGGUUAUAGAAUUUCAGGGUUAGGGUUUAAGGAAAGGAGAAAGCCAUUGGAAAACUGAUGGGCUCCAUUAAGGAGACUAAUGAAUCUGGAUGCAGAAAUAUGCCAGGAACUGGCAUAAACAUGAUUGUAGUAGAAUUUAUUUUCUAGUACCAAUAGGAAAAUCAUUUUAAGUUAUUAUAUAUACUGUAUUAGGAAAGUUGAGGUGAACUCUUCCUAAAGCUUCAAUGCCUUUUGUUUUUGCUGACAUAGAAAAAUCUCAAACCUUUGUUAUUUGGGAGCUCAGUAUUGUUAUUUGGGCACUUUUGAGAGUUUAAGGAGCACAUUUUCUACUUAAUUUAUAUGUACUAUAUAUUAUAGAAUUGUUACCUGCAAUUCUUGGAUUUUGCUCCACUUCUUUUCUUUUUGAAAGCCAUUCUGUCCUUUGGAUGUUCACAGGAGGUGUGGUCACACCAUUCAUUGUGCUGGAUGAACACCUGCUAAUGUCAUGUGAUCUUGCCGCAUAACAGUGGCAUUUCUGAUAGGGGAUUUUUAUUUUAAGCCAGACGCAGGUCCAUUCCCUUGGGUGUUACUCUUAUGUCCCCAUAGAUUAGCCUUUGUGGGGCAAGAGAAUGAAGUUCUUCUGCAGCUAUGGACAGAGAACACCACCCUGUUGUCAUUUAUGACCCAAAGGUCAAUGAGACAACUUCAGGGUCUUUUUAAAAGCAUUGCUGAAGCAGUAAAACAAAAGAAGGUUCAGUAUUUUCUUUUUAAUAAAACUUACACCCUUUCAAAUAAAUUUUCACCCUCGUAAAGAACCCCUAAACGAGGAUGGGGGCAAAUAUUUUUCCAGUUGUACGUAACCAUUUCUUAACAUGUUUCUAAGCAAACAAAAAAUAAACUCAAUGAAAGGGAAGUGUUUCAUUUUUAGCUAAGAUGGCAGAUUGCUUCUCUGUAUUGAAUAGUCUAGAAGUUAAGGGGGUGGUCAUAUUUACCAUGUAUAGUGUUAUGAGCAGUUAAAUUUUAUGAAUAUAUUUGUAAAAUUGUUCUUUUAUAUUUCAUGUCAAAUUAAAAAGUUUAUUUCUUCACUAUUGUACCUGUGGAAAUACAAGCCAUUUUACAGGAAAAAUCUUCAAAAACUAUUAAACAGAUCUCACUAUGUUUGUGAGUCAUUUGUCUUCA